AGGAAAUGGGUUAUGUAUUGACCAAGAAGUGGUCUGGAAUGUUGGGGAAUAACCCUCUUUCUGUUCUGGGAGGACACUUACUGAGAACUUGGCACUGGGAGACUCCUCCCCUGCUUGAGAGAGAGGUUCUAUAAAAAAUAAACUCUCACCUCCUAAAGUUCACACUGCAGCUGAAGAGACACCUUGUUGGCCAGAGUUUUGACGUUAAGAAGAUGGCGAGUGCAGAUGAAUUUGCGGCCAUGUUCUAUGGAGAGCCGGGGGUCCUGGGCCUCCUGGCCAAUGGAAUCAGUGCUUUCCUCGUUCUUCUGCAGAACUUCAACGGAGCACAGACUGGUGUACCAUCCCAGGGAGUGGAGCACAUUCUGGCUGGUGUUCAACUGAUUCUGAUUGGGGGGGUAACUCAGCUGUUGGCUGGGCUCCUAUCCUUCCGGAAGUAUGAUCACUUAAGUGGGACAUCCUUCAUCGCAUUUGCUGCUCUCUGGGGCAGUUAUGGGUCUACCCGUAUAGUCCUGGGUGCCUUUCCACCCUCUAUUAACAGCACCAACACCACUGACCAGCUAUAUCCAGGCAACAGCACUUUUCGAAAUACAGAAUUGGCUACUCCACCAAUCGGUCAGUCUGCUAUAGCAGGGCUAAUCGCUUACAUUUCCAUCUCAUUUAUCCUGUCCUUCUGCUCUGCCACUGUAAACUACAUCAUGCCUUUUGUCUUUGGGGCCAUCACCUUGACCCUGAUCUUUGAGGCAGUGGGGCUUGUUGGGGGGUGGGCUCUAGUGGUCUCCGGGGUCCUGGAGCUAGUGAUCCUCAUGUGUGGGCUUUAUGGAGCGGCAGCCUUGCUCCUGAAAGGUGUCACGCAACGUUACAUCCUCAAGGGCUUUGGGACCCCCCUUUUUGACGUGCUGCUCCUGGGGACGGCCAAUAACAGCAACUCCCAAAAAAUAGGGGAAGAAAAGAAGAAGAACACCCAAUAUGCUGAACCCAUGGCACUGGGCUACCUGUGCGACACAAUCUCUCCUUUCAUCUUUGCCUUCUUCUGCUUUGGCUACCUACCUUCCUUCUUUGUGGGCACUAUUUGGGUCACUAUCAACGCUUUCUCCCAGCUUUUCUCCAGUUACUAUGCCUACCUCCGAAAAGACGUCUACCACACAACCAAGUUUUGUCUGCACAGCACCUACUGGCUGGUGAAAUCAUGGGAGGAGUUUGUGCUGUCAGUUCUCAUCGACAGAGAGGGAGCGGUCAGCGGGCGAGAAAGGAUGGUUGGUGACUGGUUCUUCCUAGCGACCGCCAUUGUUCUCUGCUUGAUGUCACUCAACAUGGAUGUGCUAGAGGUGGCCCAUAACUUGCUAUUCCUCCUGCUCACGGUAUCCACAAUCUCCCAGAUCCCACUGGGGGGCUACUACAUCUUCUUUGGGGUGAUCUGCAGCUUGUUCACAGCCCUGUCUCUCUACGGUACCUUUGCCCGACUCAUCAAUUCCAUAGGGGAGAAGACCUUGAUCCCUGUUGGGGUGCAGCCACUAUCCACAGAGAAGCUCCAGGAUGUCCUGGGACUCAUCAAACGGUGCUGGGUGAAACCCCAAGACCUCCCUCGCAGCACCGUUACACAGCUACCUGAUGCCCUUUUCUACGUGACCAAUGGCAUAGCUGCCCUCUCUGCCAUCCACAGCCAGGACGUGCACUCCACCUUCCUCCAUCUCACCAUCCCCUGGGUACUGAUCCCUGGAGCAAUCAUCCAGGUUUACGUGAGCCGACUGGGCAUCCAGAAGGGAAGGCGCUUUGGGCCCAUUAUCCCAUCCUGCUAUGCUGCCAUCUGGGCUACCUGGACCUGGUAUCGGUUUGCAGGUGUGUUACUUGGCAUUUCUACUGAUUUUGCUGGUGGAUUCACAGCUGGGGCUGUAGCAUUCUUGGUACUUAAUGGCUUCCUAAUGCUUAUAGGUGCCUAUGUAAAUGUUGUGCUGCUGUUGCUGACUCUUGUCAUGGAGGUGAUUGUGGUGUGUUUCCUGCUCUCCACACUGGGCAGACUGCCUUACCAACUGGAAAUUGCGAUGCUGGCCAUCUUCUCUUUGAUCUGUUUGUAUGGUACUCUGGCCUCCCUUGCAAAUUCCAUCUUCAGAAAGGAGCUGCUGCCUCUCGGGCCCCCAUUGCUGAAGGCUACACAGGAAAAAGCUGACAAAACUCCCCCUCCUCCUCCUUGUUCCAUCGCCACCUCAAGAAAGACCAGUGGGCUGCUGAGCAUCUCAAAACUCCUGGAUGCUGGUGGGGUCUGUGGUAUUCCCACUGAUACUGUGUACGCAUUGGCAGCAUCCUGCAAACACCCACAGGCUAUAGAGAAGAUCUACAAUAUCAAGGAUCGCCCACAGGAGAAGCCCAUCUGUAUCUGCAUCUCCAACUUGGAGCAGCUGUCAACUGCCAAGCCCCCCUUCAGCCCCCUGCUCUGGGAGUUCAUGAGGAACGUCUACCCAGGAGGCAUCAGCUGCAUUGUCAAGAAGGGCGAGUGGCUCAAUAGGCUAGGAGUCGGGGCAGCCUAUGACAGAGUGGGGACUAAAGAAAGCAUCAUGAUCAGAGUCCCUGACCACACAGUGACCGCCCAUCUGUGCAAUAUGACUGGACCACUGGCCAUCACUUCAGCCAAUCCAAGUGGAGAGCCUGAUAGCACACACCAUGACAUGGUGAUAACGCGUCUCGGGCACAAAAUCAGUGGGGUUCUGUGUGACGGAGAAUCAAAUGAAGCGGUCGGUUCCACUGUGGUCAACUGUUUGAAGAUAGAUGAAGGUACAAUCACUAUUAUACGAGAAGGCUGUUUUCCUGCUGCCCAAGUUAGACACAUUUUUGAAAAAGUCAAAAAUUCCAUGGAGUAAAGACAAGGAACACUCACUACAAAUAACAUUAACGUAGUGAAUCACCACUCAGGAUGUGAGAAGUGUACUAGCUGGUGAAAAUGUGAGCAGUGAUCUUCAAUUAUGAUGUAGUGACAUCACUAGGAUAAUAAAUUAUUAUUAUAGUAUUUAUAAUUAUAAAAACUGUGCCAUUUAAUUUAUUCUUAAACUUGUUUCUGUGAAGACUGGCAACAUUUACUCCUGAAAUGAAGAUUUCAAAUUUUACAGUCCACAUUUGUGAAUAAUGCAUAUAUUAAUAAAGUUAAUAAACAUUUUGUGUGUGCAUAUAUUUAAAACACUUUGAUGGUAAAUUAUAAUACAAUUUGUGUAUGCUAUGUACUUUAUGUAAUUAUAUUUGUUAUAGGUUUGUAUUUAUAAACUAAUAAAACAAAUCAAAUAAUUUGGUGAAUCUUACCCCUGAAUGCUAUUUGCUAUGAUUGUCUCAAAAUCCUGGAUAUAAAAGAACUGGUCAAGCAAUUAAAUGCAUAGUAUAGGCAUUAGAAAAACAUGGUUGUUAAAAGUGUUAAAAAGUGUUAAAAAUUAUAUUUGUCGGGGUGACAUUUCUGUUUUGUAUCUGCUGUGAAUUUCCUUCCUUAAACAUGUACUGUUUUAUUUCAUAAGACAUUUUUAAUACUGUGUAUAUAUGUAUAUAGAUAUUUUUUUUUCUAUUCUUAUAAAGUAUACUAUGUCUAGGAAGAAGUGACUGGAUUUUGAAUCUGUAAUUAAUCCUUGUUAAAACUGUAUAAACUGUUCAAUGUCUUAUAAUUACAACAUUUAUUCUGUGAUUGUCCUUAUCAAUGACCAUCAAUAAAGUAUAAUUAAGACUCAAA